AAUCUGCAGCUGGAGACCAGCCUUGGGAUAGGCCCAGUAUGGAGGCACUCACAGCACUGGAGGCAGCCUCAGAAUCCACACUGAAGGUGGGAGUCACCAACCCAGCAGAUGCCGAAGGUGGACAGGUGGUUGGCAGCCCCCCGGCCCAGCUCCUACCCGCUGUAGAAGAGCACCCCAAGAUCUUGCUACCUCGGACCCUGAGACAGACCUAUGUCCGGAAGGUUGGGGACACUGUGAAUCUGCUGAUCCCAUUCCAGGGCAAGCCCAGACCUCAAGCCACCUGGACUCACAAUGGCCGUGCCUUGGAUGCCAGUCGUGUGAGCGUGCGGAAUGGGGAGCGAGACUCUAUCCUCUUCAUCCGAGAGGCCCGACGUGCUGACUCGGGUUGUUAUCAACUUCGUGUACAGCUGGGCAGGCUGGAGGCCACAGCCACCAUUGACAUCCUGGUGAUCGAGAGGCCAGGCCCUCCUCAGAGUAUUAAGUUGGUGGAUGUCUGGGGCUUCAACGCGACCCUGGAAUGGACACCUCCUCAAGACACAGGCAACACAGUACUCUUGGGAUACACAGUGCAGAAGGCUGAUACAAAAUCAGGGCUGUGGUUCACAGUGCUGGAGCGUUAUCACCAUACCAGCUGCACUGUCUCCAAUCUCAUCGUGGGCAACUCCUAUGCCUUUCGUGUCUUUGCUGAAAACCAGUGUGGACUCAGCGAGACAGCCUCCACCACUACAGAUCUUGCCCAUAUCCAGAAAGCAGCUACUGUUUACAAGACCAAGGGGUUUGCCCAGCAUGACUUCUCGGAAGCCCCGAAGUUUACCCAUCCCCUGGCAGACUGCACUACAAUCACGGGCUAUGACACCCAGCUCUUCUGCUGUGUCCGUGCCUCUCCCAGGCCCAAGAUCAUUUGGUUGAAGAACAAGAUGGAUAUCCAAGGCAAUCCCAAGUACAGAGCCCUCAGUCAGCUGGGAGUCUGCUCCCUAGAAAUCCGCAAGCCAGGUCCCUUUGAUGGAGGCAUCUACACCUGCAAGGCAGUUAACCCCCUGGGAGAGGCAUCUGUGGACUGUCGAGUAGAUGUGCAAGCUCCUCAUUGAGGCUACCCAAGAGGACAUGAU